AAGUCAAAACUGAUGUUAUAAACAUCAGAAAGUGAAUAAACUGUUCUUUAAAAUGGCAAAGUGGGAGAUCCAGGGAAAGACGUUUUUAAUAACCGGAGGAGCCUCUGGCAUGGGGGCUUUGUACGCUGAGGCCUAUUUAAAGAAUGGGGCAAAGAGUGUAGCGCUUUUGGAUAUAGCUGUGGAAACUGGCAAAGCGACAGCCGAACGUUUAAACAAAACUUUUGACAAUAAAGUGAUAUUCGUGAAAUGUGACGUGAGCAAGGAGGAGGACAUCGUGAGCGCGUGGGACGCCGUGCUCGCUCAGUUCAAGCAGAUUGACGUCAUCGUCAACAAUGCUGGCAUCAUGGUGGAUGCUCCUAACGUGUGGAGAACUGCUUCCGACGUUAAUUGGCAAGGAUUGGUCUCCUUCACGUUAAAAGGCAUCAGUCACAUGAGGAAGGACGAGGGUGGAGCUGGUGGAACCAUCAUCAACAUAGCUUCAACAGUUACUCUAGUAAAAACUCCUGCAUUGCCUAUCUAUAGUGGCAGUAAAAUGGCUGUUUUACACUUCGGACAAUGUUUAACUGUGGCACCUUUCUACGACGUCACAGGCAUUAGAGUUCUGACUAAAUGUCUUGGAGCUACUGAUACACCUUUACUCCAAAACCUGGAAGUGAGAGGAUACGACCCAAAAGUUGGAAAGGCUUUGGCCGAUUCUGUAGUAACUGACGGAGUCAUAUUUCAGAAGCCCGAAUCAGCAGUUGCAGCUUCGCUUUACAUGUUCGAAAAUGGAGCUCCAGGUUCCAUCUGGUUGGCUGACAACAACAAACCGGCGAAGGAUAUAACCCCAAUCAUCGACAGCGUCUAUGCGACUUUCGAAAAACUUAUGAUGCCAUAGAAAUUUUAUAUGAAUGCUUUACCUACUGAAUUCAGGAAACCAAUAGAUAUUAUAUUUACGAUGUUUGUUAAGUCUAAUUUCUAAGUGUAAAAUAAAUAGUGAUAUUUAUUAUAA